AUGCACUCCCGCUCGUCAAGCGGUUUGCGCUACCGCUGCCUCGAUAUUUGCACCCCGGCAAUGCUUCCGACAUUCUCGUUCAAUACCACGGCUUGCACUAUGGCGCAAACGACAACGAAAUGCCCUGGCGACACUCUAUCUGUUUCCCGGUACCUUCAGACCCAGUUCUUCAGUCGCGUUCAUCUACCUACCGCUGCCGCUCGGCGCUCGCAUGCCCGCCGACAAUUGCCCCCAGGCUUUUCAGAUCCUUCUGGCGCGGGUCACGCUUGCGCCCGCAUGACCUGGCUUUGCAAACCCCAUCCUUCAUCGACAUUGCAAUCCCGCGAUGAAUUAUUCCAUCGAGCACGACCUCACUUUUACGAGUAG